UGGAACUUCAUUUUUCUUUUGGUCUAAUAUCCCACUCACGCCGUUACAACAUUACGACAUUACAACGCAACGCAUAAAAGAUACAAUCUAGCUACACAAGGAGGGUAUUACUACCAGUUAAAAUCUACGAAAGACUUAUCACCAACUCAUCCCGGUCAAUUCCGACCACGAAACCCUCAACAAUGGCCCCGCCAUCUAAGCCAAAGCUCGACGUCGCCGUCACCAAGCCAACACCCUACACCUUCGACCUCGGGCUCCUCCUCGCCAACGAUCCUAACCCGCUCUCCACAUCCGUCCCGGAAGAAGUCGACUCCGCCGCUCUAGAAGCGCAGCUCGCCGCUACCGCCCGCGACGGUGCGCAAGCCCUCAUCAACCAGCUCCUAACGACGCUCCCACUUGCCGCCACCACAUCCGGCGUCUUGCUCACCCUACCUCAUCCCACGACCCCUCUACCGCGUGAGAAGCCCCUACCAGCAGCCAAGCCCCCUACGAAAUGGGAGCAAUUCGCCGCGCGCAAAGGCAUCAAGCCCAAGACGCGCGAGCAGCGACACGCCAAGUCCCAAAAGUACAACGAGGAGACGGGCGAAUGGGAGCGCACGUGGGGCUACGAUAAAGGUGGUGCUAAGAAGCGUCGUGAGGAAGGUAUGGUUCAGCAAGACUGGCUUGUAGAGAUCGACGAGAAAAAGGACCAGGAGGAAAAGGCCGCCAAGGAUAAGAAAAAGAGGAGAAAAGCUUGAUGGACUAGGAUUGUGAUGCAGAGAAGUAAAUAGUAGACACGAGGCCUAGCAAUUGCUAGGAGAUGCAGACAGGUGAAAAUGGCAACUUGAGGGGGCACUCUGUUGAUACCCACGCAUUUCGAGUCGCAAUAGACAGGCAGGAGUUUGGCGUUUCCGGCAUAAGACAGCAGGUUUCGCGGGUUUGGGCAUAUUUGUAUUGGUAUUGCGGAUCUUUCCACCCAAUGUAUGGUACAGAUUCUUUUCUAACCUUUCAUAUUCAAAAACUCCGUCGCUACGUUUUGUCCGACUCUCCUCCGCCCUUCUUCUACGCAACGAAGCGUUUGCCGUGUAGCUGUUGUGUUAGCACGCAAGGCGCAUUGGCUAUAGUAAUUCAUGCGCCGUUAUCCAAGAUCCACCA